AUGUUUUCGUCCAAAAAACCGAAAUUCUCGUUUGAUCUCGUCAUCAACGAACUCACAAACAUUCCUCAAGUCUCCGGGUCGUGCUACAUCGAUCUACAGAUUAGAGAUGGGAAGAAAAAGAUCCCCAAUAUCAACAUCUUCGAUGACUCGUCCAAAAGUGCAGACACUUCGACUCUGACCACUCUCAGCCUGCAAGGCACAGCUAGCACUUCUGCUCACGUAUCGUCUACAACAUCCAAGAAAAAAAUCCAUAAUUUCAGAUGUGUUUUCAACUACAGACUCAGCUGCAAUUUGAAGUUUCCUUUAAAGAAGAAGGACAACUUGAUUGGUAACAAAUGGUUGAUAAUGAAGGUUCAUUACGUUUCAGAGGUAAACAAGCCCAGUAGCCAUACUUCCGGCGAUACACAUGAGCACCACCACUACCAAACAGUCGAAAUAGGCAAGGUUGAAAUCAACCUUUCAGAGUACUUGAACUUCAAGGAUCCUGUGACAUCUAAAUAUUUACUUAAAGAUGCUAAAGUCAACUCCAUUCUCAGCUUAACAAUAGCGUUGAAGGAAUUGCCGACCUACUAUGAUUUCCACACUCAAUUGCAGAUCCAAGAUGUUCCCACCAAUUUGAGCCAUUCCAACUCGACCAAGCUGAACUUGAAUAUAUCUGCUUCUAAGAAACGAUCAAAUGCGACGACGUCGUUUAAUGUUCCCGAAUUCGAAAGGAAGAACGUCUUUGGAGGCAUCCAGAACGUUCUUUCCGAGAGCGGAACAGCCACUCCUGUGCCCGUAAGCACAUCCACUCCUCUGGGAGGGCUGUCGAACUCUUCUGCCUCUAGCGACAUUUCAUCAGAGAAGAAUCUGAAACAUUCAGCCUCGAAAGUCAAUAGUGGACUCAGUGAAUCCAAGACUAAGACUUCUACGAAAUCACAUUCCUUUUCAGGAGUGAACCGUUCAGAUAACAAUCUGAACCUCACCAACCAUUCGCACAAUAGCCAGAAGUCCAACGUCAUUAUGGAUCCCAUUGUCAGCUCUUUAUACAGUAAAAUAUUGGAAAGCACAUGGGACCCUGAGUUACAGCCGCUUUUGGACUACAAUCCGGAAAAAUGCAUUAAUGACAUAUUUGACAAUCCAGAAAACCCAUUGGGGAUCAACCCUAAAUUAUCGGCCAAAAUGGGUAAAUGGAAUGACGAUGAGGGCGAUGAAGAUAGUGAACUUCGGGAUAUAAAUGGCUUGAUCAGUGAAGUUAGGUUUAGAGACGAUCUCCGCAGCUGGACUGUAGACGUCAAUAAACUCAAUGUAAUUAAAUAG